AUGGGACGGCACCUUCCUCCCGGAGCAGCAGCCCCCGGCCCCGGGGGAGCACAGACCAGCCCCCCUCUGACAGCCCCCGGGGGGGAAGCAGCAGCGCGAGCAGCACGGCAGGCACAGGCCGAGGGCCUGCAGAAAGUGGAUGUUGAGCACGUGGAGAAAGUGUUGCCGCAGCUGCUCCUGGAUUUCUAG